AAACAAACAAGCUCUAAGAAUUCAAUGCGACUAAUCUCACAGACCUUCCCUCCUCUUUUUUCUCUUCCUUAUUUAUUCGAUCCCCUUUUUGUCUUUCUCCGAUCUGGUAAAUUUAUGCAUUUGUUUCUCGAAAAUCUUCAUUAUAAUUAAUGGUUUAUUUUCCUUUCAUAUUUGAGGAAAGAAAUUGAGAUUGAAUCAAAUGGCUGCUCCACCCGCCAGAGCUCGAGCCGAUUACGAUUAUCUAAUCAAGCUUCUCUUGAUAGGAGACAGCGGUGUGGGUAAGAGUUGCCUUCUUUUACGUUUCUCUGAUGGCUCUUUCACUACCAGUUUCAUUACCACCAUUGGCAUUGACUUCAAGAUAAGGACCAUAGAGCUUGACGGCAAACGAAUCAAACUGCAAAUCUGGGAUACUGCUGGGCAAGAGAGAUUCCGAACUAUCACAACUGCUUAUUACCGUGGAGCUAUGGGAAUAUUGCUGGUGUACGAUGUGACUGAUGAGUCAUCUUUUAACAUACUUUCUCCCUUUGUCAAAGUUGACUCGUUCGUUCGUUUAGACAUCAGGAAUUGGAUUCGUAACAUUGAGCAACAUGCCUCUGACAAUGUCAACAAGAUACUAGUGGGUAACAAGGCUGACAUGGAUGAAAGCAAAAGGGCUGUUCCCACCUCCAGGGGUCAAGCACUCGCUGAUGAGUAUGGAAUAAAAUUCUUUGAGACAAGUGCAAAGACAAAUAUGAACGUGGAGGAGGUGUUCUUCUCAAUUGCCAGGGAUAUAAAGCAAAGGCUUGCGGAAUCAGACUCAAAGGCCGAGCCUCAGACCAUUAAGAUUACCCAAGCUGACCAGACAGCAGGGGCUUCCCAAAAAUCAGCCUGUUGUGGUUCUUGAGCCGAACCCUUGCAUCGAACAUAGGAUGAUCUGCCACAUCCUUAAGUUGACUAUUUUAACUAGUCUUGUUAUGACAAUAUGACAGUUGCUUGUAUUCUUAUUUUUAGUUGCUACACAAAUAUGUAUUGUUGGCACAUCUUUACUGGAGAAAUCAAUUAGUAUACUUCUUUCCCAUGAAGUGUUUACGACUGUUUGUCUCUGAAGAUGACUUUGGAACCAAAAACUGACUGUUGAAGCAGCUGUCUAUUUAUCAUUUUGAUCAGAACUCUUUAUUUUCGUGUUUAA